AUGUGGCAAGAUUUUUCCGCCCACAACACCCAGCGUGGGGAUGUAACGGCAGUUGUAUGGGGCGCCCCAGGUGCACGUCCAGCAACAGGCGAAAGUACUGCUACCGUCCGCCCGUCAUCUGCCGCAGGGGCUGUGGAUGCCGAGGCCUUAACUCGAGGCAGAAGAGCUGAUACCCCAUUCAUUCAACAGUGCGAUCUUGUGUUCCCGCUUCCGGAUCAAGAUGGCGAGAGCGACGGCCAUGACCAUGGCGAUACGCAAGAGAGGCAACAAAAACGACUGGAGAUGGAGGAACGGGCAAAAGCUUUCGUCGUCCGAGCCCUGGGCAAGACGUUUUAUUACCGCGCGCGAGGACCGCUGUCCGUCCUCCUCAGAGAACGCUUCCUCGACUCCUACGUCCUCAAGGGGGGUUUCAGCGCCCUCGCUCUCAACGCCCCAAGCGACCACGGUAACAGCUUCGCGAUCCUGCCAGGCGGCGUGCUGGUGCUGUCGCUUGAUCGGGAGUCCUUUCAGGCAAGCAUAUCGGGGUUCCGCAUUUGCCUACCGGGAGAGGCCGCGGCCACCCGCCCCAACGGCAAGGGGAAACGGGCGGGUGCCGGCGCCGGCAGCACCGGCGGCAGCGUGGGGGUCCUGGGAGGCAGCGCGGGCGGCCCCGACCGCUACGUGUCGGCGGUCGACCUCUCCGCGAAAUCGUUUCGCCCGGGUAAGCCACUCCACGACCGCGUCUUGUCCUGUCUUAGCAGUUGUCGAUGGGGGAGCGGGGAUGACGGUGCUGCGGUCGAUAUGGUUGUGCAUUGGUGUGGAAGUGGUGGAGUCGGGCAAGGAAGCGGGGAGGGCGGGGAACUGGCUGAAGCGGAGUCCUCAGGAACGAGCGAGGCGUCGGGACAAGCACCGGAGGGUUGUGGACAGGGCGCGGCGGCGGUGGGUAGAAGACCGAAGGGGGAGUGCGCGGAGGGCAAGCAAGAAGGACAGCAAUCGCAACAGUGCUGCCGAGAUAUCACCUUCCCUCCAGGUUUCUCUGCUGAAAGGGUCGACCUAACGCCCGACAUCCGAUUCUUCAGGGAAGCCUGCUGCCCAGAUUUGGACUUUGUCGGGCAAGGGCUGGCCGCCACGGCCCCUACUACGGUACAGCGGGCGCGUCGAAAAGGGAGGAAAGGGAUCGAAGCCACGGCUUUCAAUUCCACAUCCACGGCCGAGAACUUGGUGGACGGCAGCGACGACGGCGGCAGCGACGACCACUUCACCGACAGACGACAUCCUCGCCUUCCCCCGCCCGUUGCCUCUCAGCCGGAAUCAGCCAAAUGUCUGCUCGUUCUCGACAUGUUCGAGUGGCUUGGCGCGGUGUCAUGCGGCCUGGACGCCGCGGUAAGGCGGUCACCGUCCCCGCCGGAGCCCUACCUGUCCAAGUUCGAGACGCCCCGCCACCUCCGCUACCGCAGGGACCGCGUCGUGUGCCGCGCCCGCCUGAGGGGCUUCCUGCCGCCCGUCGCCGUCUCCCGCUUUGUCGACGCGGCGGGAUCGGCAGCGGCGGGGGUGGCGGCGUUAGCAAGCGCCGAAGAUAGUGCCGCAGACGGCCGGCAACACUACGAAUCGCCGCAGCUGUUGCCAGUGCGGCGCGUGGUUCGAGAUCAAGGACAGCAGCGGCCCGACGGCUGCUCGUGGGGCGCCGUGACGUCGUGGCCGUUCCGAGACGCCCCCCGCGCGUACCCCGGGGCCGACGCCCCGUGCGCUGGCGGGCAGAGGAGCAAGCGGGGCGCCCGAAAGGGGCGCGGCGGGGGAGGGAGCGAGGAGCGAUGUGCGAAAGAGUGGCCCGUCGGGGGGCACGGGGUGUACACGGUUGUCGCUUGUCCCGGGGAAACCGCUGUGGCGUUCGUUUCGGCCAAGUGUCCCGGCCCCGGGUGGUGACAGAAGUUCACGUGUAAAACUGAUCCAUCCUUGGUUGACGCAGCAGUCAAUGACAGGUCGAUGCAAGCGCCGAAAGACAACGGGGAAGAGUCUUUGGUGCUGCUCUCGGCAGCGCUUUGAUUAGCCUGACGGAGUCAAGAAAAUAGAGUCAUUUUGCUAUAUGUGUCAGGGUUGGUUUCUGGGCCACUCUGCGGUAUUGAUAAAGACCAACGCAGAGCGAACAACUCUGAGUCCGACCUGGCGUCGAAGGGCAGCCGGGCGUUCAGCCGUGUUGUUGUAUGGAUCCUCCUCUGGUUGUAUGUGUUGAGGGGUGCGCCCGUUGGUCUGUCUGUCCGUAGCCACUUAUCGCCAAUUAUGUUAGACGAGGCAGCAGGGACAGAAAUGAGCCGGUGAUCAUAGGCUAUGUUGAAAGUUGUCCGGGGUGUGUUUUGUACUGAUGGCCUUGGGGAACACAAAGAGCU